AUAUAACUGCGCGGAAAGUUGAUCGCUGUUUAGUUCAACAAUCACCACCGGCGGCGGUGCCAGUUUACGUGUCAGCUACAUAAUGUGUGCAGCUAUAGACAUGUUGGCGUCGGAGCAAAUGUUUUACGGGCACAGCCCUCCGGCCGGUUUCCUCAGCGACUACUCCGUGCCAAUUAGAAGACAAGCCAAACUUGCAUCCAGAUACUCCGCACCAAGUUUAUCAACGCUCAAACCAAUCCAGUUAUCUUUAAACAAAACACCUCGAAGUUGCAUCAAGUUAUCAAACGAUAAGAAAAAGAAAAGUGUUGUUUUUGCCGAUGACCGCGGCUAUGCUCUAGAGCAUGUCAAGUUCAUGACUGAGCCAUCCCAUGUACCUCCGUACUGGGCGUUGAAAAUCGUCUCAAGUCCACCUCAGCAGAGGAAGCAGCCGCUAGCCGUAGUCGAUCUGUGGGAAGUAAGGUUUCCUCAACCCGCUUCCGAUUAUUUGGAAUUCCGACGGAAAAUCACCGAGAAAUAUGUUGCGUUGGAAAACGUUAUCGUGAAACAUAACGAGGGUGCUGUCGACGGGACUGUAAAAGUGAAAAAUAUAGGUUUUGAGAAAGAAGUGUUCGUCAGAGCUACCUCUGACGGGUGGAGGACGCACGAGGACACGUAUUGUGCGUUUGUGGAAUCCGGACCCUUAAAUAAGAACAGGGUAUCCAGUUACGACACCUUCGGAUUCCGACUGCAGUUGCCGAUUCAUUCGAGAAAGCUAGAUUUCUGUGUGAGUUUCUGUUGUCAAGGAGAGCAGUACUGGGACAGCAAGGAUGGCAACAACUACACAAUAGAGAAGUCUUCGGUACGGAAGUCUCCCGGCAUAUCGUGCGCUCGCAUCAACUACGGCAACUCGUGGCUCAGGAAAGAUGAUGGGAAUUCUCCAUAUUGGUGAACAAACUAGUAACAUUGGUGGUUCCAUCCAAUACAUGGUGCUGUCCAAAGGAGUUCUGUGAUUUUGUGCCAUAGGUGUGUGUUUGAUAAAACAGGGUAAGAAUACUUUUUAUGAAUCAAAGAAUGACUAUGGAUCUCACUGUUAUUUUUCAAAUAUGGGUUCCAAUUUAUUUAAAAGCAAAAGUUUAUGAAAAUUAUAAACAAAUUUAAUCAACUUUAAAGUUGGUGUACUUAAAGUGUUUAUGAAUUAGCUAGAAAUAGUGGGGUUUUCAAUUAUAUCCCAAAGCUUGCAAGGAAGGGAAUCAUCAGAUUAAUUUAUCAGGGGGGCUAUAAUAAUAACUACCUCGUUGUAACAAUUAUUAACAUCAACAAAUCUUCGACCAUUAUUUAUGGGUCAUCGCCUCAUUACUACUUUUUACCUCUGUAAUAGUUAGGUUUUUUCACUAGUGUGUAUUGGCACAUUCUUAAUAUGGAAGAUCCAUGAAUCGACUGAAUCUGAACUUUGAAUUAAUUAUAUAUUAUUUGGACAAUACAGAACACAUUUUUUCAUUAUUACAACAGUUCAUUAUAAUAGCAAUAAAAACAUAAAAUUCAUAAUAUAACAGUUUUAAAAUAACCAAUCCAUAUAUUCCAAACAAAAUGUACAAUAAGUAGGUAGGUGAGAGUCAGCAGUUCGGGUCAAUGAGUCUUGGGUCAGGUCAUAAUUAUUUUAUAUUCAUAAUAGACUCAUUAAAGUGAUAAACAACUAUCACUUAUACGACACAGACAGUAAGUCUCCUCUAGACUAUGUUACCAAAAUAAUUGAAAAAGCUAUUAAAUGUUUUUGAUACAAAGCACUAAAUUUAUUUUGUUAGAUCCAGCACUGGUGACUUUUGUGCCCUUUAAUUUCAAAAAUAUACCUCCAGCCCCUUAACCUCUAAAUAACUCUCCAGCUACUGUUAGAAUGGAACAAACAUGAAGCUUUCUAGUUCAUAUUAGUAUGUUGUCACACUUGCUGAGUAUUUAACUGUUGGAGACUCCAGAGAUUGGGUUUGAAUCACAUACUGUUCAUUAAUUUUGUUUUUUUUUUUUUUAAAUUAGUAUAAAAAGAGGAUAUUACUGAACAUUUAUAUCCAGUAUCAAUUCAAGGUUAUAAAUAUUUCUAUUUCCUGAUCGUGUGGUGCAGCCUGUGUUUAAUAAAAAAAUGAAAUAAAAGGACUUUGUUUAAUGUUGAAUAUAAGUUUAAGCUAACUAACAAUUAAAAUAGCUUUUUUUUUUAACUUAGAAUACCUUUUAGACAAUACAUUUUAUGCUAAUAAGCAAGUUAUUCUAGCCAGCUAUUAGUUCAUCUGAUUAUAUUGCUUGGAAGCUAGAUGGAACACCAUUUUUUCAUGUGAUAUUUAAUGACAUUAAAUUGGAUAUACAUAAACAUGAUAAACAUAAAAUGUGAAGAUAUGCAAAUAAGUUGUUAUGUCUACAGUUACUAGGUGGUUCGGUCAUAAUGUUUGGCAUUUAUGUUUAAAUAUCACAUUUAUAAUAAGACUGAUUUCCACCUUCUGUUAAAGUUGAUUAAAUUUUUAUUUUGAUAUAAUAUUGUUUCUUGUUGCUGUGUUUGUAAGUAGUUUUAAGUGCUAGUGAAAUUUAAGACUGAGUUUAUAAUUUGUGUAUACUGUGUCUAGAAUAAGUUAUUGAAAAUUUUUAACUUCAGUGAACAAAUCUGACAUAUAUUUAAUUAAGUAUAUACAUAUAUAAAUUAGUAUUGCUAACAUGUAAGAGGUGAUUGUAUAUUCAUUGUACUGCAAUAAAAUUUAUAAUGAAACAUAACUUAAUGCUGUUAUAAUGUACCUAUGUAAGAGAUAAAUACACAUAUUCUCUAUAUUUUUGUUAAAACUUAUACCUACUUAUAUAUAAAAUUAGAAUAUUUUAUAUAAAUUAGAUUUUAAAGUUUUCAUUAGUCAUUAAACCAAGUCAAUACACCUAUUGAUUAUUUGGUCUGAAGAACACUUGCCAUUAAUAGACUAAGAAUUUUUUAUAUAGGUUUAAGAGCAGGAAUUUCAUAAUUUAUAUAACAAUAAUACAUAAUUAAAAAAACAAAGAAGAGUGCUAAAAUUAAGUAUAAUUCUUUUUAAAAGCAAAGUUAGCAGUUAUCUUACACAAUAUUAAAAAUAUAUAGUGAUUAUUGUUAAGAAAUAUUGUCAUCUACACUAUGGUUUUAUGACACAAAGUUGUAGUGCAUAGAAUAAUGGUAUGCAAUGUAACUUAUUGUUUGAUUGAGUAACUACUUAAAAUAUUAGCUAGCAAUUGGACUGAAAUUUUAAGAGCUCAAUUUUAACUAAAUGUAAUAUCUGAAUUGUUAUAGAUGAAUAUGUUCCUAAGUUGAUUUUUGAUACUUUGAAUACUGUUACAUUAUAUAAGUUUAUUAUAUUAUUAUUUUAUGUAUAUAAGUAUAUUUAUAAUCAAUACCUAUAUUAUAUUAAAAUACAUAAUAAUAAUAAAUAUUCAAUAGUAGUAAUGAAUUGAUAAUUAUGAUUAAUAUAUUGUUAAUUGUAAUGACUACCAACUCCUAUGAUUUUGUUAAUAAAUAUGAUUUUUUUAUU